UUUGACAUCCCUCGUUGAUAGAUGGAGACCGGAGACCCACACAUUUCACUUUCGAUGUGGAGAGCUUGCACCUACUCUAAAAGAUGUGUCAAUGAUCACAGCUUUACCAAUUAGAGGUGUGCCAGUGGUACAUCCACGAGUUUCUCCUAAUUGGCCAGCAGAUGUCUCUGCCCGUCUGAGGCUCGAAAUGCCCAUAUCAGAUCGUUCUGGUCCGCCUCGAGGUGUCCCACACAGCUGGCUUCGUAUUAACUUCGAAAUUUUAUCUACCCAUGCUGAUCCUGAGACAACGAAGAGACACUUGUUUGCAUAUUUGUUGUGGCUCUUCGGUGUGAUGUUUCCUAAUUCUCACGGGGAUGUAGUUUUGCCUGGUCUCAUCUAUUUUGCCGCAAAGAUAGUUGACGAACCUUUACCCCAAAAUCCACCAUAUAGCUUUGGUUCUGCUUUGCUUUCUCACACAUACCGAGGGUUGUGUGAUGCCACUCAAAAAACGGCAUUCACAUCUAAAGCUCCAUUACUUUGUGUCUCCUACGAGUUUCUACAGUUGUGGUCCUGGGAAUACUUACCUGUAGGACGACCGCAGAUAGUAGAACCCGCAACCCCGUACAACUAUGGUGAGGGUGUUGUAACUAUGUCCACUCGGUGGAUGCUGGGUCGAAAAAAAUGGUCUACUAAAAUUGCAAAAAAUUGUUACCCCAUAUACCAUGAUCAGUUUGAGCUUCUUAACGACUCACUAAUAACAUGGAACCCGUGGACUGAGGCGCACAUUGAUAUGGUAUUUGGUUCGCAACACAUGCCAGUGGAAUGCGUGAGAGAUAGUGCCUUUUGGAUGACUCGCUGCAAUUUACUCUAUCUAUGGUUUGUGGAACCGUAUAAUCCUGACCGUGUCAUGAGACAGUUCGGUCUAUAUCAAGAUAUUCCACCACCGGUUCCAAGAUGUAUCGACGAAGAAACUCAUAAGAUGAGCAAUAUGGGCAGAUCUGGUGUGGACUGGAAUGCAGAAAACAUUGAAUGGAUAAAUCAGUGGAAUAAUGAAGCUCUACAAAAUAUAGUGCCUCAGCAACGGUAAUUUUACUAAUGUUAAUUUAAUUAUGUGCUUAUAAAAUACAGAAUGUGAUGUCAAUUUAGUAAUGUUAAUUUAUUUAUGCAGAACGUACGAUGCAACUACGACAGAAGCGUACUAUAAUUGGUAUCGCAUGAGCACGCGUACUAGACUGACGAGCGAACCACCUACGAUGCCAACACAUCCAACGCAUAUGGAACAGUUGCAGACACGGAUGGACACAUCAUCAGCUUACUAUCGUGACUCCGCGAUUGAUAUUUGCACCCAAGUACAAGCGAUGGCGAGUGAAGGAAUGCGAGCCGAGGGAAGUGAUCCUAAACGCAGGUCGUGGUUUAAAAAAAUUAGCGAAUUCGUGAGCACAAGGAUUACAAGAUGCGGUACAGAGAACGACGUUGUCACUGCAGCGUACAACAUUCCGGAACCGAGGUCAGCUAGACCGAGUGGGGCGCCGUCGUCGUCCAUGCGGUGGGCAGAGGGUCGUAAUACUAUGCCGACACUUCCACGACAUGACUCUUCUCUACCAAUACAUGGGCAGACAUCAGAGGUAAAUGCUCCAGAUGUAGGAUCGACACCCGAACAGACUCAUUUCGUGGAGCAGGAUGCAUAUACAGCAUAUGACGCACACAUUCAAGGAUCUCAGCCAUAUCUGCCCACACGAGGGAUUAGGAUGCCCGAGGAGAAUCGUUGGGCUGAGACAAGCGAGGGAGCACAAAGCUACAACAGCGGACAGGAAAUUAAUGAUCCAUCAUGGGGAGAUGAACAUACCCAGCGUGGCGUACAGAAAGAAAUACUCACAGAAACCCAUGAUACUCAAUGCACGCUCCCAGGAAUGAUAAAUGAU